ACUGUAGUAGCAUUAGUACCAGUGUAGUGGACGCUAGCACUGCAGCAGUCCCCCCACUCCGUCGAAACCAGCAAGCAGGAUCUCACUGCGAGCUCCAGAUCAGAUUUUAGUUUAUCUUCCUUUUCACCACGAGAUCCAUCCAGAGACCCAGUGCGCCCCCAGACAAAUCUCACUGCACGCAGCCUCCUCUCUCCAAUCACCAAUUUCUUGUCCCCCAGCCGGCCUCUCUCCUUCCUCCUGCAGUCGCCGGCCGGCCUCCCGCUCUCGUUUCCUUGGACUCUCCGUUCCUUCCUCAUCAUUGUUGCCGUCCUUUUCCCCGUCUCCCUUUGCUGCUCAGCUCAAGAACCCACCACAGCCUCGGAAAUCUCCAGCCUUCACCGCUUCACAUUUCGCACGGCAACACUCGUAGUACAGAACAGAGGCCAGGAGGAAAGGGACCCCUUUGAAAUGGCGGUGUUCUCCUCGUUCUUCUAGGGCUUGGGGCGUUGAUUAGAGAGCUUGGGGUUCUUCUCGUGUGUGCUCUGUUCCCUGGAUUCGGAAGCAGGAGGCCAGAUCCGUCCCUUGCUUCGAGUUCGAGUGUAAUGGGUGGUUCCAUGAAGCUGGGCUCCAAGCCGGAUGCUUUCACCAGGCGAGGCCAGGCAUGGUUCUGCACAACUGGACUUCCCAGUGAUGUUAUUGUCGAGGUCGGGGAGAUGUCCUUCCACCUCCACAAGUUUCCUCUGCUUUCAAAGAGUCCCAUCCUGGGAAGGUUGAUGGAGGAGAACUCAGACCUAGAUGAAUGUAUAAUCAAACUAUCCGACAUCCCAGGGGGUGCAAAAUCAUUCGAGUUAGUGGCAAGGUUCUGCUAUGGUGUCAAGAUAGAGCUCUCUCCGGCCAACAUUGUCCACCUUCGAUGUGCCGCGGAAUAUCUUCAGAUGACAGAAGAAACAGCCGCAGAUAACCUUAUCAACCAGGCAGAAACGUUCUUUAACCAAGCUGUCCUCCGCAGCUGGAAAGAUUCCCUGGAAGCACUCAAGACAUGUGAUGUCCUUCUUCCUCACGCCGAAGACCUUCACAUCGCGAAGAGAUGCGUCGAGUCGUUGGCUGCCAAGGCUAGCAUUGAUCCGGACCUCUUUGGCUGGCCAGUCUCAGAACACGGUGCGAUGCUAAGCCCUGAGGGCAGUGUACUGUGGAAUGGCAUUAGCACGGGCGCAAAGCUCGGGAACUUCAGCUCAAAUUGGUGGUAUGAUGAUGCGUCAUCAUUGAGCUUCCCUACGUACAAGAGGCUCAUUUCCACUAUGGAGUCAAGAGGCGCCAAGGAGGAGAUCAUUGCGGGUUCGCUUAUGUACUAUGCCAAGAAGUGUCUUCCAGGAUUGAAUAGGCGUCAAAGCAAGGGACUGGUGGCAGUGCCCCUGAAUUCUGCUAUUACCCUGUCUGAGGAAGAACAAAGGCGUCUGCUCGAGGACAUUGACAGGAUGCUACCUCUUCAGAGAGGUCUAGUAUCCACAAAUGUUUUGCUCUGGCUGCUUCGAACUGCCAUGAUUCUGAAAGUCAGCCGUGCUUGCAUCUCCAACUUAGAGAAAAGGGUUGGCAUGCAACUAGAUAAAGCCACGCUGGAGGAUCUACUGCUGCCCAACUUCUCGUACACCAUGGACACACUCUACAAUGUUGAAUGUGUGCGCAGGAUCCUUGAUCACUUCUUGGAAAUGGACCAGACGACCGGCGGCAGUGGUUCCCCGUGCUUGGAUGAUGUGAUGGCUUCUCCCUCACUGGCGCCGAUCACCGCUGUUGCUAAGCUAAUCGAUGGCUACCUCGCAGAGAUUGCACCAGACAUGAAUCUGAAGCCACCGAAAUUCGAAUCUCUUGCAGCUUCUUUGCCUGAAUAUGCUCGGCCUCUAGACGAUGGUCUUUACCGUGCCAUUGAUGUAUAUUUAAAGGCGCAUUCUAGUCUACCGGAGUCCGAGCGUGAGCAGCUCUGCCGGCUGAUCGACUGCCAGAAGCUCUCCCUAGAGGCAUGCACCCACGCGGCGCAGAAUGAGCGCUUGCCCCUUCGCGUGGUGGUGCAGGUCCUCUUCUUCGAGCAGCUCCAGCUGCGGACAUCCAUCGCUGGGUGCCUGAUGGUCUCCGACAACCUCGAAGGAGGAUCCUCACGUACCCUGCGCGGCAGCGACGCGGUCGCCAUGUCGGGUGAAGCCGGUGCCAGCUGGGUCACCACGGCGGCAGUGAGGGAGAACCAGGCGCUCAGGGCCGGCAUGGACAGCAUGCGGCUGCGUCUGGCGGAGCUCGAGAGGGAGUGCUCCGGCAUGCGGCAGGACAUCCGGAAGCUCGGAGGCGGGAAGGACGGCGGGUGGGCAGCGCGGGUGCAGCGGGUGUUCAGCCUGAAGAUGAAGCUGCAGAUGUGCAGCACCGACGAGGGGAGGAUCAGCGAGCAGCACCGUAGCGCGGCCGCAAAGCUAGAGAAGCUUCAGGCCAAGGUGUCCAAGCACAAGAAGCACCUCUCCAUUAAUGCCUGAACUCUGAAGCAUUUGUACCACGGCAUGGAAGUCUCUCUCUUAUCUUGCUCUUGCUGUAUCUUCCUGCUGAAUGUGCACUGGCAGCGUUCUUCAAGUGAAACUGUCACUGACGUUUUGGGUGUUAGUGGUGGUGGUGUAUAUGGAACCAGCAUGUCAUGCAACUAAGAAAUUGGAGCACACUGA